AUGUCUGAUUCCUGGAAGUCUCAAUUAAAUAUUCCUGAAAGGGAUACUAGACCACAAACAGAGGAUGUUUCCAACACCAAAGGUAAAUCAUUUGAGGAUUUCAAUUUGAAGAGAGAGUUAUUGAUGGGUAUAUUCGAGGCAGGAUUCGAGAAGCCUUCUCCAAUUCAAGAAGAGUCAAUUCCAAUGGCAUUGGCAGGAAGAGAUAUAUUAGCAAGAGCCAAGAAUGGUACAGGUAAAACCGCAUCCUUCGUCAUUCCUUCAUUACAACAAAUCAAACCUAAAGUAUCUAAAAUCCAAGCUUUAAUUUUAGUUCCAACUAGAGAGUUGGCUUUGCAAACCUCCCAAGUUGUCAGAACUUUAGGAAAACAUUUAGGAGUUCAAUGUAUGGUUACCACUGGUGGUACUUUAUUAAGAGAUGAUAUUAUGAGAUUGAAUGACCCAGUCCAUGUUUUGGUUGGUACUCCAGGCAGAGUCUUGGAUUUAGCAGCAAGAAGUAUUGCCGACUUCUCGGAAUGUCCUCUCUUCGUGAUGGAUGAAGCCGAUAAAAUGUUAUCUAGGGAAUUCAAGGGAAUUAUCGAACAAAUCUUGGCCUUCUUCCCAGCUACUAGACAAUCUUUAUUGUUUUCUGCCACCUUUCCUUUGGCAGUCAAAUCCUUUAUGGAUCAACAUUUAAGCAAGCCUUACGAAAUCAAUUUAAUGGAUGAAUUGACUCUUAGGGGUAUCUCUCAAUUCUAUGCUUUCGUUGAAGAAAAGCAAAAAUUACACUGUUUGAACACUUUGUUCAGCAAGUUGCAAAUCAAUCAAUCCAUCAUAUUCUGUAACUCUACUAAUAGAGUUGAAUUGUUAGCCAAAAAGAUCACUGAAUUGGGGUACUCGUGUUACUACUCCCAUGCCAAGAUGCCUCAACAGGCCAGAAACAAAGUUUUCCAUGAAUUUAGACAGGGUAAAGUCCGUAAUUUGGUUUGCUCUGAUUUGUUAACCAGAGGUAUCGAUAUUCAAGCAGUCAAUGUUGUUAUUAACUUUGAUUUCCCAAAGACUGCUGAAACCUAUUUACACAGAAUCGGUCGUUCUGGUAGAUUUGGACACUUAGGUUUGGCAAUCAACUUGAUGAGUUGGAACGAUCGUUAUUCUUUGUACAAGAUCGAGCAAGAGUUGGGUACUGAAAUUAAGCCAAUCCCAGCCACCAUUGACAGAAACUUGUAUGUGGCAGAAAAUGACGGUGCUAUUCCAAGGCCAUUCAAGAUUGAGGAAUUGCCAAAGGGUAACGAGACUGUCCAUAAGAAGGCAGGCUACGAGUACAAGGGACAGCCAGAGUUACCUGGCCAAGGUCCUGUCGCCGGCCAACCACCUUUGCAACAAGGUGCCCCAGGUCAAGUUCCACUUCCCCAGGGCCAACCAAUGCAAUAUUACCAAGGUGUUCCUCAGGGAGUCCCACAGGGAGUUCCACAAGGAGUUCCACAAGGGUACCCAUACCAACAAUAUCCACCACAAUUCAAUGGAUAUCCACCACAGCAAUUUAACGGUCAAUUUCAACAAGCACCACCACCACAAAAGCAAUAG